GUCAGCUCAUUCAAGCUCGAUCUCGAGUAGCUCCUCUAAAACCCGUCAUAAUACCCAGACUUGAACUUUUAUCCUGUACAAUUGGAGCUAGACUGGCACAUGGAGUUAAAUCAGACUUAAGACUUGAAAAUAUUCCAACAUUUUUCUGGUCAGAUUCAGUAAAUGCCCUCUUUUGGAUAAAAUGGAAUGAAAAUUGGGCCCCUUUUGUUUACAACAGAGUCCAAGAAAUCAGAUCUCUCAGUUUGCCAGAAGAAUGGAAUUAUGUUCCCGGAACUCUUAAUCCAGCUGAUCUUCCCUCACGAGGAUGCUCUGCAGAGCAUCUUAAGCAAUCUAAAUUUUGGGAGAGCCCAAUUUGGUUGAAGGAUCCACCACAGCUCUGGCCAAAUGAUAUUCGAUCCAGAUUUGGACAUUAUCAACGCUGAAAGAAGAAAAACAGUAGUGACUUCAACAAAUUUAUUCAAAGGGCAAAUUCCGUUAUAUGAUACUUUUUCAUCAUAUCGAAAAAUGAUAAGAGUAACUGCUUGGAUUUACAGAUUUUAUAGAAACAUCAAGAGUGCUACGGAUGAACGAAACUUCGAGGAACAGCUGGCCAUUGAAAAAAUGAAGGACGCUGAAAUGGUUAUUUUAAAGUACGUGCAGAACAGAUGCCUAGCAGAAGAAACCAAGCCUUGCUAUGCUUCAUUACGAACUAUAACGGAUGAUGAAGGCCUUAUACGAGUCAGAACAAGAAUAGCCAUGAGGAAGGAUUUGAGAACAUUUAAGUAUCCUAUUGCUCUACCAUCUGACCAUAAUGUCACUCACUGCCUUAUACUUGAUAAACACAAAGAACUAAAUCAUGCCGGAACUCAAAUUGUAAUGUCAGUUCAAAGAGAACAAUAUUGGAUCCUCAGACGCAGAAAAACUGCUCAACGAGUGAUACAAAAUUUGUCAUUUGCAAAAGAUUCAGCUCUCGUCCUACAGAAGUCCUAA